AUGGGGUGUGGAAAUUCGUCGAAUCAACCACCACCAGCGACACCUGAAAUUAGUAAGUUGAGCUGUCGAAAUUUUCAACGAAAAUGUUCAGUUUUACCUGAAAAUAAUCAAAAUAGUCGCCCAUGGAUUAUUAAAAAUGGUAAUCACAGUUCUAAUUUUACUACUGCUGCUUCUCCUAAUAACAGCUUAAAAAAUAAUAAUGUCAAACAUUUUCAACAACGACGACAACCACAUCAACAUCAUCAAUUCGUCUCAAAAAUUAUCAUUUCGCCUUCAUCGCAGUCGCUUCUGAGUAAGAUUAUUUAG